AUGAACUACAAUUCAUAUUCAGUUAUUUUAUCAACACUUAAAUUACAAGGAGCUCUUACUAGAAAGCAACUAUGGGAGUUUUCAAGAGCUAGUAAUCUCUUCCCAAGUUCGAUGGACUUUAAAAAGAAGAUGGAUACAUUGUUGACGACCGAACGUAUCGGUAGAAAGAGCGAAUAUCAAUUCAACCCAAAGAAAAAUAUGAACAUGAAGAACUUGUUCAAGUUUGAAAUGAUCGCCGAUCACGACAGAAACUCGAUACCACAGGAAGUGUUGAGUCGUGUACAAAUAUCUAUAGACAAAACUUUGGAGGAACAACGUUUGCAAAAGAUUCGUGAAGAACAAGAAAAGGCAGACAGAGUAUCCAAGGAAGAGAAGCUCAAGGCUAAGUUAUUGGAGAACAAGGAACAAGAAAAGGUUAAAAAAGAGGAACAACAAAAACAACGUAUUCAACAAGCUAUGGAAAAGAGUUCAAAAAUUAUAUGCAAAGAAAUAAUAAUAAACAACAUGGAUAUAUAUUUAAUAAUAGUUGCCCAAUUAAAUUUUUUUUUUGUCAUUAUGCCUCAAUCAUUUAUUCGAAUCUAA